UGAGAUGCCACUUGUUGCUCUUCACAGUUCCACAGAUGAUCCCUUGUGAUCCUUGACCCCUGCGAAGGCCGAAGCGCUGUGGAAUGACGUCCCUCCAGCAGGAGGUGCUGGUGAAAUUCCAGUACGAGUACACCACGCGGGACGGCAAACAGGUUUCCAUCAAGCCUGACGAGCGCUACGUACUGGUGGCUAAGAACAACGACCACUGGUGGUAUGUACGUAAAGAUGAGAGCACCCAGCCUUUCUUCAUCCCUGUCCAGUACGUCACGGUGCUGCCGCCUGAAAACCAGCCUCUCCAGCUCCAGCCUCCGGGCGAGUUCGGCACGGACGACCUACCGAAGCCGCAUUCGGACACGCCGCCGCCGGUGGAGAACCCACACCACGACAUUCCGCGUGUGGAUGUUAGCCAGGGCGCCUCAGGAAGCUCCUCAUCCUCAGUAGAAGUGGAAGGUCCGUACGCCGUGUCCCCACCGCACUUCCCUACUGUUAGCUCACAUAAACACCAGACCGAGUCGGAGAUAACUCAACCAUCCACCAGAAACCUUCAGGUGGACACCAGGACCGAGCCCAGCACACGGACCCUCGGGGAGGACCGAAUAUACGAGUCUAUAGAUGCAGUGAAGGAUUCCGACACGGGGUCCUGA